CCUGCCCAAAAGACCAAGUCAGUGAAGGAGAAACCAAAACCGGUCAGCAGUGAGGGUCAUCCCUGGCCUUGACUCGGAGGGGGUGACAAGUGACCCAGAGGCCUCUUAGCUGUAACUUUAAAGCCAAUAAUACACUGUGGCCAAAGAUUUACCUGGAAGACAACUCUCAACAGAUAAUAGAAUAUCAGCAUAAGGCAGCAGCCGCCAGAAAGCAUGAAGCGUGGGAAGCUCUUGGAUGCCCUGCCAGAUACAAGAAGCACUCUGAAAAACCACCAAAGAACCCAUGAAUGCUCAGAGUGUGGGAAAUACUUCACUAGCAGGUCCCUCCUUUUGACCCACAGGAAGGUCCAUGCGGGAAGUGAAUCCAGUCAAGAUCUUGAGGCUGACAAGUCCUUCCCUGGCAAAGACACCAAAGAUCUCAGAAGCCCCCCCACAUUAAAACCCUAUAAAUGUGUCAAAUGUGACUUGUCCUUUGGUCAAAAGUCAGGCCUUCUUAGACAUCAGAAAAUCCACCCUGGAGAGAAACCUUACAAAUGUCUGGAAUGUGGGAAAUAUUUCUGUCAAAAAGCCACUCUCCAAGACCACGAGAGGAUUCACACAGGGGAAAAACCUUACAAGUGUUGGGAAUGUGGGAAGAACUUUUAUUGGAAGUCAGGUCUUCGUAGUCAUGAGAAAUUUCAUACAGGAAUCAAACCUUACAAAUGCUUUGAGUGUGGAAAAUGUUUCACCGAGGGUUCAGGUCUUCGGUGUCAUUGGAAAACACACAGAGGGGAGAAAAACGAAAAGUGCCUUGAAUGUGGAAAAUGUUUUGCCCACAAAUCACAUCUGAUGCGACAUCAGAAACUCCACACUGGAGAGAGACCCUAUGAAUGCCCAGAAUGUGAGAAACGAUUUAUAAAUUCUUCUGAACUUCAGAGACAUCAGGAAUGGCACAAAGAGGAGAAACCCUAUAAAUGUGAGGAGUGUGGGAAAGGUUUUAUUUCUCAGUACCGUGUUCAGAUUCAUCAGAGAAUCCACACAGGGGAGAAGCCGUACAAAUGUGGGGAGUGUGGGAAAUGCUUUAACCAAAAAUGCGACCUUGGAAGGCAUCAGAGGAUCCACACUGGAGAGAAACCCUACAGCUGCGUAGAAUGUGGAAAAUGUUUUGGAAAUAAGAGCAACCUUGGAAGGCAUCAGAAAAUCCACACGGGGGAGAAGCCCUACAGAUGCAUAGAAUGUGAAAAAUAUUUUGGACUGAAGGCAGAUCUUUGGAGACAUCAUAAAACCCACACAGGGGAGAAGCCAUAUCAAUGCAAUGAAUGUGGAAAAUUUUAUCGUACCUCUUCAGCCCUUGGAAGUCAUGUGAAAAUCCACACAGGGGAAAAAAAUUACAAAUGUUUGGAAUGUGGGAGGACAUUUGCUGAUUCUUCUUCCCUUAGAAGGCACAGCCAAAUCCAUACAGGAGAGAAACCUCACAAAUGCUCAGAGUGCGAUAAAUGUUUUUCACUGAAAGGUACUCUUGUGAUGCAUCAACGAAUCCACACUGGAGAAAAACCAUAUAAAUGCCUGGAGUGUGGGAAAUGUUUUGCCCAAUCUUCAUCACUUCGCAACCACGAGAGGAUUCACACAGGGGAAAAACCUUACAAGUGUUGGGAAUGUGGGAAGAGCUUUUCUUGGAAGUCAGGUCUUCGUACCCAUGAGAAAGUUCACGCAGGAAUCAAACCUCACAAAUGCUUUGAGUGUGGAAAAUGUUUCACCAAGAGUUCAGGUCUUCAGUGUCAUUGGAAAACACACACAGGGGAGAAAAGCGAAAAAUGCCUCGAAUGUGGAAAAUGUUUGUCCACAAAAUCAGUCCUGCUGCGACAUCAGAAACUCCACACUGGAGAGAGACCCUAUGAAUGCCCAGAAUGUGAGAAACGAUUUGUGGAUUCUUCUGAACUUCGGAGACACCAGAAAUGGCACAAAGGGGAGCUGCUCCAUAGAUGCGGGGAGUGUGGGAAAAGUUUUAUUAAGCCAGCCUAUGUUCAGAUUCAUCAGAGAAUCCACACGGGGGAGAAACCCUACAAAUGUGAGGAGUGUGGGAAAUGCUUUUCCCAAAAGCAACACCUCGGACGCCAUCAGAAGCUCCACACAGGAGAGAAGCCAUACAAAUGCGAGGAAUGUGGAAAAUAUUUUGGACUGAAGGCAGAUCUUUGGAGACAUCAUAAAACCCACACAGGGGAGAAACCCCAUCAAUGCAACGACUGUGGAAGAUUUUAUAGUACCUCAUCAGCCCUUAGAAGUCAUGUGAAAAUUCAUACAGGGGAAAAAAACUACAAAUGUUUGGACUGUGGGAGAGCAUUUGCUCGUUUAGGUUCCUUAAGAAGUCACAGCCGAAUCCAUACAGGAGAGAAACCUCACAAAUGCUCAGAGUGCGAUCAAUGUUUUGCUUGGAAAGAUUCUCUUGUGAAGCAUCAGCGAAUCCACACUGGAGAAAAACCAUAUAAAUGCCUGGAAUGUGGGAAAUGUUUUGCCCCUCCUUCAGCACUUCGGAUGCACAUGCGAAAUCAUACAGGAGAGCGGCCUUACAAGUGCACAGAGUGUGAGAAACCUUUUCAUAGUAAAUCAAAGCUAAAAAUGCACCAGAAAGUCCAUAGCAGAGAUAAAUCUCUUCAGUUGUGAAGAACGUUGGGAACACUUUUUUCAAGUCACAUCUUAACAUUAACCAAGAACUUCACACAGUAACAGAAAGGAAAUGCUACAAUUUUUGGUGUGGGGAAA